AUGGAGCUGAGAGUCCUCCUCCUGCUGCUGCUCUGCUUCCCAGGUCUCCAAGCCCAAAUACCUGAUGCUGAGGAGAGGCAAUUGGAAGGAAGCACUCUAUAUAUCCAUUGUCCUUACACAGCGUAUGCUGAACACGAGCAUCAGAAAGCCUGGUGCCGUACGGGAGAGAGACGAUGUGAGCCCUUAGUGGAGACAACCUACCCAACACAAUCCCCAUACAUAAACCAGGCCAGAAGGGGGAAAGUUACACUAGAGGACGACCCCGUGCGUAAGACCGUGUCCAUCACCAUGACUAACCUCCAGGCAGAGGACUCAGGCACGUACUACUGUGCUUACCGUUCCUACAGUUAUAGGUAUCUUCCACUAAAGAUUAUCUCACUGAAUGUUUUCAAGGAGCUGCACAAGUGGGAGUUGGACAGUUUCUCUGUGCAGUGCAAAUACAGUGCCUUGGUGCGCAGCACAGAUAUAAAAGUCUGGUGUCGAAGAGGUCAGACUGCGUGUAAAAUCUGGUUGAGGACAGAUGACCCUUCGACAAGGACUAACAGCAAAGACCUGGCAGACAGAGGCUUGAUCCAGGAUGACACCCACGAAAGGACUGUCACCAUCACCAUGGAGAAGCUGCAGGCCCAGGACACCGGCGUGUACUGGUGUGCGCUCUACAGAGACUUUCGUCCCACCCGGAUAAUGGAGGUCAGGCUCUCUGUGUCCAAGAGGACCCAACAAUACACAGCCAAGAAGUCAGGCAAUGUCUCUGUCCAGUGUGCAUACAGUGCCCCAGACUAUGGGGCUGUGAGCAAAGCCUGGUGCAAAGAGGGAGAUGAUAGGAAAGCAUGUACCAUACUGGUCACCACGAACUCGAAGCCCUCAGGGUACGGCAGGACACCUCAGGAAGGCAGAGUCACGAUCCAGGACGACACCCAGCAGGGGAUUGUCACCAUCACCAUGGAGAAGCUGCAGGCACAGGACUCCGGCGUGUACUGGUGUGCGCUUUAUGAACACGGUCAGCUUCUCCGAAUGGUGGAGGUUAUGCUCAGUAUUUCUGAGAUAUUGGCUGGAACAACUUUGUCAGGUACUGCAGGCACAAGUCAAGCAACCCCUUCUGGUGACGCCCCAGCACUGAGCUCAAAUGUAAACACCUUCGUCAUACUCUCUGGGGUCCUGAGCAUCGUGUUCAUCCUGGCACUCAUCAGCUUGAUAACACUGUGCGUCAGGCGGCGCAAGCAGCUGAAGAGAAGAGGUAACAGACAAGCAGAGCACACCUAUGACAAACCAGAGGACAUAGCACAGCUUGACAGCACUGAAAGAAUGGAAAGUCCCAAGGAUGACAGCAAAGACCUAAAAUAUGUUACCUUGAACUUUAAAUCCCGACCCAUCCCUGAGGAUCCUCUCUACUGUAAUAUUGAACCCAGUCAGGCUCACAGGAAACCCAAAGAUGAAGAUGUGGAAUAUGCUAUCAUUGCACUCAAGCAGCUACCAACAAAUGACAAAGGAUGAAGCACAGAAUCCCACAACAAUCUAGAAAUGGGAGAAAUGAACUGGAAUACAAAGUGGGAAUGGGGAGAAGAAGGUGUGUGGAUGGGACACUGAGGAAAGAUCUAUGUUUUUGCUGCCAUGUGUAUGUUGCUUAUGCAUUUUAAGACCUCCCUCCUUUUAGA